CAAGACCAUAAAUUAUUGUUUUAUAAAUCAUGUUCAUAUCUAUGCUUUAAGGGUGUGUUUUGUUUUGACCCACUAUAAUUUACUUUUUUUUCUUUCGUAAACCAAUCAGAUCCUGCCAGGUUAGUUUACUUUGAUUGUUAAGGAUUGACAUUUACUUCCCCAGUGAACAGUUUCAGUUAGGUUAAUCUUACCAGUAUUUUCUGGAUUCUGUGUUAGUAUUUUAUCAUUAUGAACAUGUAACCUUCUAUAGAUAUAGUGUAUACGUUUGAGAUUUUCUUGAUUAUAAAGUCGACAUUGUUUUGAGCGAAGUAUCUUUUAUUCAACAGGAUAUAGAAAAUGGAGACAAGCGUAGUAUUCAAUCCCAGUGACUAUGAUUCCUGGUCUGGGUUACCACAUUUACAUUUGUCUACCUUGAUACAUAUUUUACUUCCAAUCCGUUUGGUAAAAUGGAGCGCCGUCAAGAAAAAUUAUGAAGGCCUAAUUUGUCAGGUAAACAGUCUUUUAACUGAAGAUCUCAAGGACAACUUUAAAUGUGUCGUGACUGGAAGCAGGGCUGAAGGUUACACUAUUCCUGUAUAUGUACCAACGGCAUUACCUAAACAGGAGGAGCUGUUCUUUGGGGACUUAUCAGAUGUAGAUGUAUUGCUCAUUAACGAGAAGGUUCCAGUUUCAACGAAGAAACUUCAGGACAACCACGAUACAAACUGUAAAGCAUAUUUGGAUUAUGACAAUGUUUAUCCCGGAUAUGCUCGUAUUUGCAUACCAAAUAUAAAACAAGAUGAUGAUUCGUUUGUUUUUGAUGGUGACGCUGGAAAGCAUUAUUUAAGUAGUACCAGAUACAUGAAAAAGUUGGUUUCUGGUCUAUCUAAAUGUGACAAAGAAGAAACCACAGAAGUUGUGAUUCAAGGACCGGCAAUAACUUUAGAUAACAAUAUCAAGUUAACUGCCGCAAAUAUGAAUACACCAGAUGGCACCACAGCUACAGAUUUGGUGUAUGCUUUACCCUGUUUACCAUGGCCUGAAAUUGCGAAUUCAGUAAAAGACCGAACACUUAAGUCCGAGUGGUUGCAGUGUUCUUUAGUUGAUUCGAUCAUUAAUGAUGGUUGCCAUAUUGUUGCGGUUCCAUCGAAGAGCAGUACGAACCCCGAAUUAGAGUGGAGGUUAUCAUUUUCGGCAUCUGAGGGAAGAAUAGCACGCGAGGCUGUCACCGAUAACCAGAGGCAAUGUUACUUGUUUUUGAAAAUCCUUCGCUAUCAAAACAUGAAAUUAAAAUCCAUCUUGUCUUCAUACGUAUUCAAGUCUGUUUUUCUACACUGUUGUGAACAGUUACCUGUACACUACUGGAAAGAUUUUCCAGGAAAUUGCGUACUGUAUAUGCUCGAUAUUCUGCUGGAAUGUUUACAGAAAAAGCACGUACCGACGUACUUUCUCCCAGAAAAUAAUCUAAUUGGCCAUCUAACCAACGACGAAAUAGCAAAAGCAAUAUCAACUGCGGAGAAACUUCGGCUAGAUCCUAUAGCGCCUGUUUUAGGAUUUAUGGAAGAUAAGGUUUUUGCCUGUCAUUGUAUCAAGUUGAAGUUUAGAACAAUAGUCAAACCACUUUUAGAUGAUAUAAAAGAGUUUCGGCAACACAAAAAUAAGGUAAAAUGUAUUAAAAACGGAAUUUUCAAUACCUAUUACUUGAUAUGCAUAUCACUACUCAAAGAACAGUCGGAUGACAAAGAGGGGGAAAUGCAAAAACAUCAAGAAGCAGCGAAGUUUAUGAAAGAUAUAUAUACAAACUUGAUCCAGCCAUUGAAUGCCUAUGAUUCUUUGGUUCAUUUUCUGAAUUCGUUCGGACUUGGAAUUAAAGAAGUAGAAUUAUCAAUGAAAUUCUUUGAAGCAGUCGUAAGCUUGUCGGAUGAGAAUCCUGAAUAUCUAUGGUGUCGUGGCAAUCUAGCAUGUAUGUAUCAUUCCGCCGCAUAUGAACAUGCGUUUGGGUCGGUGCUAAGAAAGGAGUAUUUAGAUAAAGCUGGUGAAAUGUUCAAACAGGUGUAUAAUGAAGACAGGAGCAGUUCCAUUGACUAUGUAACUUUUCUUGUAAAACAAGAUCAGUUUGACGAAGCUAUGCGAAUACUUGAAGAUAUUAUAGAUAAAGAAAACAUCAUUAACACUGACUAUUUUUAUAACUCAAAGGAGUGUGAAACUUUAGAAGAUCCACUUAAGACCCAUGUUCAAAAACACGGAAUUAUACAGGGCGAUACUUUGUCGUUUGCAUACUUUUAUAUGGUUAAAUGUCUUCUUGUCAUUGAGAAAGACUCAAGGCAUUCCUCUUUGAUUACAGCAACAUUAAACAAAUUUAGCACGUAUUGUGAGGAUAAGAAAAAUGAAGCUUUAUUUGUUUUACUGCAAUAUGCAAACGAAAUAGCAGCGCAAAUUUCCACUGGCAAAUCAUUUAAAUGAUAUAACUGUUCUACUGAAAGCUCUUCUUGGAAGAGAAAAAAUUC